CGACACUUCUGCCUUACGCACUACGAUGACCACCCCAUUCUACGCCUACUGCCACAACGUCCAAGACGACAACACCUGGCGUCUUGGUCUCGUCUUCGCUAAUCGUUCCACUGCUGAUGAAUGGUGGCGAGCCAUCUCUGAGGCUACCUCCUCUAUCCCAAUCACCAAGUCAAUUACGCGUGUCACGCCCCAGUACUACACGCAUGACAUCAGGGUUUGGAAUAUGUACAACUUCUUUGUCGAUGGCAACAUCAAGAGCAUCUCGGACAAGUUCAGAGGAAGGCUCUUCAUCACUCUCGAGUACGAUCGAAGUGGAAGGGGCGUUAGCGUUUUCCCGCCCUUGCACAUCGUUGAUCACGUCAGUGGAAACUGGUACUAUAUUCGCUCCAAGACGGCUCCCCACCUUUUCUGGUUCUACGACGAGACACGCAACGCGAUCUACGCUUCCAAGGAGAAGAGGACUCGCUUCAAGGUCUCCAUCCGUAACCCGUCUCCCCAGACCCCUAAGGAUGCCAUCAUGAUCAACAGCGACGACGUCGUCAUUCACAUCAAGGAGAGUCUCUACGUCGGUGUCGACAGUUACCUGGGCCAUAUCAUUCCUACCCGAGCCUACAGGACCUUCAAAUUCGGCGAGCUCGAGGGCGGAGCCAUUGCUGGUAUCGAAGUCGCGGAGAACGCGGAGGAAAGGUGCUCGUCCACCUUCGACGGAGCGUCCUUGUACUUUGUCGGCCCUGACAGCUCUUCCCCUGGAGAGCCUUGGGAGUUGGUUUAAGGAAUGACAGUAGUCCCUGCAUGCAGUCAGAGUUAUCCUAAUCAAUGUCAAUGUGUACUAUAGUCUGAAAUUGAAUGUACACUGUCC